GGGAUAUGGUGGCUCUUCCUUCUAUUCUGUGCACUCUCCAGUGCCAGCUACCAGGGCCGGGAGUUCCUGGCCGUGUUCCCACAGAAUGAUGACGAGUCCCCCAGUGCGCACCUGCAGCUGCUGCUCACCUCCUAUGGCCCUGCUGACACCCAGGUGUCAGUGACGCUCCGUGGCGGCUCUGUCACCAAGAACAUCACCCUGAGGCCAGAUGUCACUGUGCCCUUGCCUCUCCCUGCUAACCUGGAACUCACUGGAAGCCACACUUUCGAUAAAACCUUGGUGGUCCAGGCCAGCGGUGACAUCUCUGUGGUGUCUGUCAGCACCAAGGGCUACACUGUGGGUGCCACUGCCCUCCUACCUAUGGAGAGCCUGGGCACCAGGUACUAUGUGGUGACACCAGUUGGGAACUACACUUAUGGCCUGACUGAGUUCGUGGUGGCCACCGGUGCCACCACCACCGCUAUCAGCAUCACCACCACUGCCACUUUCCACUAUGCUGGGGCCACUUACGUCCCUGGUGCCGUGCUCCGCCUGUUCCUGCAGCCCUACCACAGCCUGCAGCUCCAGAGCAGCCAGGACUUCACUGGCACAGUUGUGGUGGCCGACACCCCUGUGGCCGUCCUCAGUGGCCACACCUGUGUCAAGGUGUCUGCUGGCUUUGACUUUGUGGUGGAGCAGCUCCUCCCAAUGACAGGAUGGGGGAGGAGCUAUGUGGUGCCACCCAAUCCACUGCAGACAGACGUUGACUUCGUUUACGUGGUGACAGAUGAAGACAACACCAUCACCUACAACACCGGGAGUGGGAAUGCGACUGUGGCCAUGGCGGCAGGGGAGGUGCAGACAUUCGUGCUGAACCGUAACUCCCACCUGUACAUCAGUGCAGUGGUGGCAGUGCAGGUGGUGUUUUUCUUCAGCGGCUCAUCUUGGCAAGAUCCCUUUCUCCUUGUUGUCCCACCUGUCACUGCCCAUUGCACUGCAUUCCGCUUUAGCAGUGUGCCCAGCCAGUAUAAUCAUGCCAUCCUCAUUGCACCCACCACUGCCACUGCCACCACCACCCUCAACCAUCGGCCAGACAACACCAUGGCAUGGCAGGCCAUUCCUGGCACAGAUUUCUCCUGGGCCAGCAUUGCUGUGGGAGCAAAAAUGCAGAGUGCUGAGAACUCGCAGGUGCCCAUUGGGCUCCUGGUAUUUGGGUUCCAGAGUCACACUGGAUAUGGCUUCCCAGGGCUCUGUGCCACCAUCCCCACAUCACUCUCCUAUGAGGAUUUGGUAUGUGAGGAGAGGUGUGAGCUGGUGGAUGGACAACCAGACUGCAUCCAGGACACUUUCUCCACCUGUUGGCUUGCUGGCGGGUCACACUACCGCAGUUUUGAUGGAAAAACCUUUGAUUUCAUGGGAACAUGUGCCUACACCUUGACCACCAUCUGCGAUCCCGAUCCCACCCUUCCUGCCUUCUCUGUUGAGGUCACAAAGAAGGAAAAGGAGAACUCCAAAGUUUCCUCCAUCAGCUCCAUCACCAUCCACAUCGACAACGUCACCAUCACUGCUGUCCAGUCAGAGAAUGGGAUGGUGAGGGUGAACAACCACCGCUCGCACCUUCCCAUCUCCCUCUCCCAUGGGAAGCUCCGCAUCCACCAGAAGGGUAAAUCCAUGUUGAUCCAAUCAAAUUUCAAGCUGAAAGUCCUCUACAACUGGGAUGAUCAUAUAGUGAUCAAACUUCCGGCUGCUCUUUCUGGAAAAGUGUGCGGAAUGUGUGGGAACAACAAUGGGAAUCCCCAGGAUGACACUCUCUCUCCUGAUGGAACACAAGUGUGGGAUAUUGUGGAAUUUGGGCAGAGCUGGAAGGUGACCAGUGAGAGUAGCCGCUGCCAGGACACUUGUGAUGGUGACUGUGGGCGGUGCAGAUGGGACCAGGCGGUGACAUACAAGGCAGAGACCUGGUGUGGGAAGUUGUCCCAACAUUCUGGGCCAUUCCGGUCAUGUCAUGACACUAUCAGUCCUAAUAUCUACGUGAAGAACUGUAUCUAUGACCUGUGUGCCAAUGAGGGGCAUCGUGAUGUGCUGUGCCACGCCUUUGAGACCUAUGCUGAUGACUGCCAGGAGGAGGGCAUCAAUGUUUCCAAUUGGAGGACAACAGUGGGAUGUCCUCUCACUUGCCCGCCCAACAGCACCUACAGCACCUGUGGCCUCGCCUUCCUCCCUUCCUGCAACAUCCCCGCUGUGUCAUCCAGCUGUGCCGCUGUCACCACCUGCGUAGACACUUGCGUGUGCCACGAGGGCCUUGUCCUUGAUGCCAACACCUGCAUCCCCCCCUCUGAAUGUGGCUGUGUCUUUCGGGGUCUCUUCUAUGGCCUUGGCGAGGAAUUUUGGGGUGAUCUCACUUGCACCCAACGCUGUGUGUGUGACGCGGAGCAGCGGCAGGCAGUGUGCCGGGAUUCUGGCUGUGGCACUGAGGAGGAAUGCCGGGUGGAGGAGGGGAUCCAGGAUUGUUAUCCCAGAAGUUUUGGGGUCUGCACUGCUGUUGGAGCCACCCACUAUGAGACCUUUGAUGGCAAGAGGUUCAUCUUCCAGGGCACAUGUGUCUACCUGUUGGUAGGGUUGUGUGAGGACACCCAAAAUUUGGUGGGAUUCCAGGUGUUGGUGCAGAAUGGCCACCGAAGUGACAACUUCAUGUUGUCCAUUGCCAUGGUGACAGUCAAAGUCUACAACAAAACCAUCAGCAUUAGCAGGGAACGUCCUGGAAAAAUCAUGAUUGAUGAGCAGUUGAUCAAUCUCCCAUAUCACUACAGUGAAAGAAAGAUUGUUGUCUAUCGUCACGGGCAGGAUGCGGUGGUAGUGACCGAUUUUGGCCUCGUUGUCACCUAUGACUGGUACAGCCACGUCACCACCAUGGUGCCCAGUGGCUUCACUAAUGCCCUAUGUGGGCUCUGUGGGAACUACAGUGGCGCUGCAAGCGACAACAUGAUGAUGAGGAACAACCAUGGGACGUCAGACCCAGAUGCCUUCAGGAGCAGCUGGAAGGUCACAGAUGUCCCAGGAUGUGGUGAGAGGUCAACAGUGGAAUGUUCCAGGACACUUGCACCUUCCUGGCUGCAGCAGGAAGUCUCUGGGAUGGGAUGUGAAAUUAUUUUGGAAGUGGAUGGACCUUUUAGAGCAUGUCAUAGUCAUGUUGAUGGCCACCAGUACUUCCAGAGCUGCAUCCAUGACUCCUGCCUGUUCCCUGAUCAGGAAGAAGGGAUCUGUCCAAUCAUUGCCCUCUACGCCACCGCAUGCCAGGCUGCUGGUGUGUCCAUCGGGAGGUGGAGAACAGAUAAUUUCUGCUAUAUUCCCUGUCCUUCCAACAGCUCCUAUGAGCUCUGCGCCCACACCUGCCAGCACACCUGCGGUAUUGACUCUGCCACAUGCCAAGGAUGGUGCCGCGAGGGCUGCACAUGUCAGGAUGGCUUCAUGCUCAGCGGUGACGAGUGUGUCCCCAUGUCCCACUGUGGCUGCAGCCACCAUGGAGUCUACUACAAAGGUGGGGAGACAUUCUACCCCACAGAGCAGGAGAUGUGCCAGUGCCUCUCUGGUGGCACUGUGGAGUGCCAAAAUACUUCCCGUCCUGAUGGUGGCCAUGGGAAGGUCAUCAGUGAUGUCGUCCAGUCUCCCUUGCAGCUGUCCAGCACCUGUGUAGCCACAGGUGACCACACCUAUGUUACCUUUGAUGGGAUGGCCUUCAACAUCGCUGGUACUUGCUCCUAUGUCCUCACCCUGACUAGCACAGGUGACAACGUGACAUCGUUUAUUGUCACACUCUAGAAGGAGGAGCAGCAGAAGGGGAAGGUCCCAAGCAUCCAAGCAUUGUCUGUGGAAGUCUAUGGGGUCACCUUGACCUUGAAACAAGGAAAAAGGGCAGAUGUCAUGGUGGAUUCCAUUUCCCACCACCUCCCCACCAUCCUGAGUGAGGGACAGGUCCAGGUCUACCCACAUGGGACAGGUGUCCUGCUCCGCACUGACUUCGGCCUCAUUGUCCACUAUGACCUCGUCCAGCACGUGAUGGUCACAGUCCCCCAGACCUACAUGGGGCGCUUGUGUGGCCUCUGUGGCAGCUACAAUGGCCAAUGCAAUGAUGAUUUCCAGCUUUCCAGUGGCCAGCUGGCUCCAGAUGCAACAGCCUUUGGAUCUGCGUGGAAAACAACAGAUACACCUUGCAAUGACACCUGUCCCAAGGAUGAGUGUCCCACCUGCACAGAGGAGAAAGUGGCAGUCCUCCAAAAACCCAACUAUUGUGGCCUACUCACGGCCCCUGAAGGUCCCUUUGGCUCCUGCCAUCUCAUCAUUGACCCCGUCCCAUAUUCCCAAUCCUGCAUCCAUGACCUCUGCAUGACGGGAGGGGACACACAUGUCCUGUGCCAGAGUAUCCAGAGCUAUGUCACUGCAUGCCAAGGUGCCAGAGUCACUGUGGGGGCUCGGAGGACACCAUCCUUCUGCUCCCCCACCUGCCCAGCCAACAGCACCUACUCGCUUUGCACCAACACCUGUGCCAACAUCUGCACCGGAAAUACCACCACCUGUCCCCAAACCUGCACUGAGGGCUGCCAGUGCCACCAGGGUUCUGUCUUUGAUGGACACAGAUGCGUUCCCGAGGAUUACUGUGAAUGCUUCAGGGAUGGGGAAUACUAUAAGCCCCAUGAGAUGCUUUUCCAGGAUCACUGCCAGACCCGUUGCACCUGUGUCCCUGGCCAGGGCCUUACCUGCCAUGACCAUACUUGCACUGAGGACGAAUUCUGUGAAAUCCAGGAAGGGGUCUUGGGAUGCAUCAAAAAAAACCCCUGCAAGUCCCUGCACUGCCGCCCCAAGGAGCGCUGCCGGCCCCGCGGUGCCCAAUCCCGCUGUGUCCCAGCCCUGGUCGCCACAUGCUGGGCAUGGGGUGACCCACACUUCCGAACCUUCGACGGACUUGACUUUGACUUCCAAGGAACCUGCACCUACACCAUGGCUGAAUCCCAUGGGAAUGACCCUGGGCUGGUGCCCUUCAGGGUCCAGGCCAAGAAUGACAUCCGUGGUGGGAUCCAAUCUGUGUCCUAUGUCUCCCUGGUCAAAGUUGACGUCUAUGGACAACGCAUCUCCUUCCACCGGAAUGAAAAUGGAAGAGUCCGGGUGAGUUGGGUGGAAAUCUACUACCGCCACGUCCGUGGUCUCUGUGGGAAUUUCAACCUCAAGCCCCUUGACGACAUCCCCGAGGCUGGUGACAACAUCACUGCAAUUGUCACAUGGGCCAAAAACUGGAAAAGUGCUGACUCUGAGGUUGAUGACCCAAUUUGUUGGGAUUAUUGUGACGGAGUAUGCCCAGUGUGUGAUGAGAAAAAGAAGGAGAUUUAUGGCGGGAACCACUAUUGUGGGAUCAUCAAAAAAUCCUUCCAGGGGCCCUUCAGAGCAUGUCACAACAUAGUGAAGCCUCAUGACUUCUAUCGCAACUGCCUGUCUGACCUGUGUCUGAGCAAUGGGGCAAGGUCAAUCCUCUGCCAGGUGCUGGAGACCUAUGCAGCGACGUGUCAGAAGCAUGGGGCCAUGGUCCAUGACUGGAGGACGCCAUCAGGAUGCCCCUUAUCUUGCCCUGAAAACAGCCACUAUGAGUCGUGUGGCAAUGCCUGUCCAGCCACCUGCUCCAACUGGGACAGUACAGCCACCUGUGACCAGCCCUGUGUGGAGACCUGUGCCUGUAACACUGGCCACGUGCUCAGUGGUGGACAGUGUGUGCCGGUGUCCCGCUGUGGCUGCACCCGUGAUGGCCGCUACUACCACCCUGGCGAGGAGUUUUGGGGCGAUGACACCUGUCACUCCAGGUGUAGGUGUGACAUGGAGCUGGGAAUGGUGGUGUGCGAGGACUCCGGGUGUAAGCCGGGUGAGGUGUGCGCAGUGGUGAAGGGCGUGCGGCGGUGUGUGGCCAACAGACGCUCCAUCUGCGUGGCCACUGGUGACCCCCACUAUACCACCUUCGAUGGGCGCCGCUACGACUUCAUGGGUACCUGUGUCUACCUGCUAGCUGGGCUCUGCUCCACUGACCCCACCCUCAUCCCCUUUGCUGUCACUGUGGAGAACAAUCACCGUGGCAGCCACCUGGUCUCCUUCACUAAGGUGGUCACCAUGGAGGUGUAUAACAUGACCCUCAGUCUCAGCCAGGAACAUCCCCAGAAGGUCAAGAUAAACGGUGUCCUGUUGGACCUUCCCUUCACCCACAACCAUCAGCUCCAGGUGUCUCUCCGUGGUGUCCAUGGCUUCAUCACCACUGAGAUGGGUGUCACUGUCACCUUUGACUGGUACAGCUAUGCCCGUGUCAUCAUCCCCAACACCUACGCUGGCGCCGUCUGUGGCCUCUGCGGCAACGCCAAUGGUGACCCCCAUGAUGACUUUGUCACCCGUGAUGGCCACCAUGCUGACAAUGAGACCCACUUAGGGGACAGCUGGAAGGUCAGCAAUGUCCCUGGGUGCUCAGCUGGGUGCAGCGAGGGCUGCCAGGUGUGCAGUGAUGCCCAGAAACGUGCCUACCGUGGAGAUAAGCACUGUGGGCUGCUGGGGAAGAAACGGGGGCCCUUUGCCGCCUGCCAUGACAUCAUCGAGCCCGGCCCUUACUUGGAUGAUUGUCUCUUUGAUGCCUGCCUGUAUGAGGGACACCAGGACACCGUGUGCCCGGCCAUUGCCACCUAUGUUGCUGCGUGCCAGAGCCAGGGCGUUGCCGUGCGGCCAUGGAGAACGGCUGCCUUCUGCAGCCCUGUGUGCCCCCUGAACCAGCACUAUGAGCUCUGCGGCCCUCCGUGCCCUCCCACCUGCCAAGGCGAAGUUGGACCUCAGGACUGCUCUGAUGCCUCCACAUGCUUUGAAGGUUGUUUCUGUGAUCCCGGAUUUUUCAGGAGUGGGGAUAACUGUGUGCCCCUCCCCCAGUGUGGCUGUGUUUUGGAGGGCCGCUACUACCCCCGUGGAGAGCAGUUUUACCCUGCUCCUCCCUGCACUGAGCGCUGCAUCUGCUCCGAAAAUGGGAGGCUGGAGUGUCACCCCACUCCAGGCUGCUCCAGUGACGAGGAAUGCACAGUACAGGAUGGGGUACUGGGGUGCCACCCCCGCACCUGCAAACAGUGCCAGGUUUUGGGGGCAGGGGCUUACAGCACCUUCGAUGGGCACCUGGGGAAUUUUGGGGGGUCCUGCACCCUCCUACUGCUGGAGUUGGAGAGGGGUGAGCCUGAAGAAGAGCUGGAGCCUAUCACGGUGGCCUUGGAGCAGGAGGACACGGAGGUGCAGCGGGUGAUGGUGACGGCACACGGGGUGACUGUGGUGAUGGACAGGGGACAGCAGUGGGAGGUGAUGGUGGAUGGCGAGCGCCACUUGCUGCCGCUGUGGCUGCGUGACGGCGCGGUGGGGGUGGCGCAGGUGGGGUCCCACCGGCUGCUCCAGGUCCAGGGGGGUCCCAAAAUUCUCUACGAUGGCAACGCGUAUAUGGUGCUGACGCUGCCCCCCGCAUCCCACCGCCCCCGGGGCCUCUGCGGCAACUUCAACGGGGACCCACACGACGACGAGCCUGACGAGGAGGCUCUGGGCAGCUCCCCCACAAACUGCACCCGCCUGGCGCCCGCCCCCAGCUGCUCCCCGGCCCAGGCGAGGCGCUGCGCGGUGCUCGCGGACCCCGAGGGACCCUUUGCGGGGUGUCAUGGGGCGGUGCCGCCCCGCACAUAUCUGCUAACCUGUGAGCGCCAGGUGUGCGGGGGGGAUGGAGACCCCUGCCCCGGUUUUCAGGGCUAUGCAGCCGCGUGCCAGGCAGCUGGAGGUGCACUCCGGGAGUGGCGGGAGGCCACGGGUUGCUGUGAGUACAUGGAGGGCUUGGGAAUUUUGGAGGGGCUCCACUGCCUCCCAUUGACUCCCUUUGUUUCUUCCCUCCUCUUCCCAGCCCUCACCUGCCCACCCAAGACCCACUACCAGUUGUGUGCCCGCACCUGUGAGCACACCUGUGCAGGUGUGUCAGCCCCGCCCCCCUGCAGUGAGCGCUGCUUCGAGGGCUGUCAGUGCACCGAGGGGCUGCUGUUCGAUGGGGCCCGCUGCGUCCUACCAGGCACCUGCGGCUGCCUCCACCAGGGGCGCUACUUCCAGAUCGCUGAGACCAUCCUGACCUCUGACUGCUCCCAAUCCUGCACCUGUCGAGGGCCCGGGGGCCUCCAGUGCCGUCCCUUCACUUGCCCCUUCGGCCACACCUGCGGCCUCCGUGAUGGCACCCACACCUGCACUGCACGCCCAGGGCGCUGUGCUCUGUCCCCUGCCACUCGCUUCGUCACCUUUGAUGGUGUCACUGGACCCACCCUGGUCACUGGCAUCUAUGUGGUGGCCAGCGUGUGUGACCCCCGGGACCCGGUGUGGUUCCGGCUGCUGGGGGACUUCAGGGAUGUUGGGGACCAGCCAGCAGUGGUGGCACUUCACCUCUUCACCCCCCACGGCCUCAUCACCGUGCACAGGAACAGGAAGGUCUGGCUCAACGGGAUCCCCACUCCCCUGCCUGCGGAGUUCCCGGGACCGUUGACCAUCACAGAGACACGCACGACCCUCCGGAUCAGCCGAACGGCGGGAUUUCUGGUGGAACUGGGCGCCGUGGGGGUGACAGUGGAGGUGCCCAGGGAGGCGCGGGCGAGGCUCUGUGGCCUCUGCGGCGACUACGACGGUGCCGUUGGCAAUGACCUGCGAGGGCCCGACGGGACGGCGACGAGGGACGCACGGGCACUGGCUGAGGCCUGGCGGGCACCGGACCUCACCUGUCACCAUUGAGAGUCAGAGAUGACACGUAGUCGGAUUAGAAAGCAAAGUGGCAAAACCUCUCGUUUAUUUCAUUCUCGCUCCUUUUAUGGCUUAGUUUGCGUCAGGUAGACCUGAUGGGUCAUUUAAUCAAUACAUUUCACCUGAUUGACUAAUUAACAAGACACCCAUUUGUAAACAAUCUUAUGAGA